AUGCCUCAUGCCGACUCCUCCUAUUUUGCGCCUGGCUCGUCCAAGGCCGAUGUGUACGAGAUGCUUCUGAUGCAAACACAGGGCCUCUUGGACGGCCAGCGGAAUUGGGUCAGCAAUCUGUCCAAUGUCGCAUCUCUACUCUGGCACGCCUAUGCCUCCCUCCCCGCCCCCUCCUCCUCCGUCAACUGGGCUGGCUUUUACAUCCGCGAUGACAAAUUCCCCACCCUCGCCUCACCCAUCUCCUCACCUCCGCUGGCUGGUCCACCAGGCACAGGGGGCGUGACCAUCUCUACUACCUAUACAUCAUCCGAAGACCAGCUGCUCCUGCUUGGUCCCUUCCACGGCAAGCCCGCCUGCCAAGAGAUUCGCUUCGGAAAGGGUGUUUGCGGAACCGCUGCUGCGAAGCGCGAGACUGUCAUCGUGCCCGAUGUGCUGGAAUUCCCGGGUCACAUCGCAUGCGACGCUGAAAGUCGCAGUGAGAUCGUGGUCCCCAUCCUGGUGAACGGCGAGGUUGUCGCUAUCAUCGAUAUCGACUGCACCGAUCCCUCCGGCUUCGAUGAUGAAGACAAGAAAUACUUGGAGCAAUUGGCUGCUUUCCUGGCCGAUAACUGCGAUUGGUGA